GGAGCGGGCAGGACUGCGCGUGCGCGCGCCCCGAGAAAAAACGAAAUGGCUACAAACUUUGCUACUCGGUACAAAAAGGAUCUGAGUACCCAGACCCUCAGGACAAAACUUGCCUCCCGAAAGUCUAUCAGCCAGAAGGAGAGCAGGCACAAUGAGUUCAAUAAGGGCAGGCAGCUCGGCCUGCUUGAUGUCAAUACUCAGGCAUCCAGAGGCAAGGAAUUUUCUCUCCCGGAAGAUUCGGGUGAAGGAUACUUGCCAAAGAACAAGGCAAAGCCAGGCCAAUACUCAAACACCACAGUUAAGACGCGUGGACAAGAGCGGAUGGAAAUGCUACAGCGUUACAAAGCUGAAAAAGAGCUUCGUAAGUUAAAGGAGCAGAGGGAGAAACCUAUAUUCAGAUGUGGGCGAUUCAAACCAGAGGACCCUGUCUUCGUUCCAAAACCAUCUCAGAUUCCUGUACUAAGCAAGCCGAAGGAGAAGGAAGCUGCACCACUAGUGCGGAUGACAAGAUCAAAGACAAAGACCCACCUGCAAGAGCCAGUCGGACCGCCAGCUAGACCACAUCCUUCUGGAAUGAUGCCUGUCCCCACCAGCAAGGGCAGCCAUGCGCAAACAGGUCAGCAGAAACAGAAUCGGAUCUACUUGGAUAAACCUCCCCACACAGAGAGCAAAGAAAGGCAACCUGCAGGCUCCACAGCCACGCAUGGGAGAACCACAAGAGCAGCGGCGCAUUCCAAGACCAGGAUACCGCAGGCAUCACGACCUGCCGGCAAUGCAAGUAAUCUGCCCCAGAGAAGUGCAACACAGAAAGGAAAGCAGCCAAGAGGAGUCAGAAAGGAAGAAGCAACUGCAUCGCCCAGUGUGAAAGACAGGGCUCCUGCAGAGCCAGAGAAAGGAAAGGCAAAACUUCAGCUUGCUGCUGAAGUGGAACAGGAUGUGGCCUUCAUUGAGAAGGAAAACCUGCCAGUGUCUCCCAUCCUGGCUUCUGUCCCACCCAGGAGGACGCGGUCAUUUGCCCCUCAGAACUUUGUGUUUAAGCCCCUGGAGGGGUUGAGCACCUACAGGGUUAAACCGAUGAGCCCUUCCAGGGCAGAUGUGUUCUUAUCACCCCAUCUCUUCUGGAGCCCCAUGCAGACCAACAAUGAAGUCCUUGAAGAAGGUGCAGAAGAAUCUGAGCUGCAGGACUGCAACCAAAAAACACAGCUCUCCCCUCUCCCCGAGGUGACAAGAGAAGACUUUCCAGAGCAUCCGUCUUCACUGGGAUCUGUGGAAGUCAAGGCAGGGAUGCCUCCCGAGACGAGGGACACUGCGCCGGCCGAGGAGGAGAGCGGCCGGCGGUGUGCAGACCUGCCAGCGACAGCCCCGCCAGACCCCACAGCGGAGCUGCAGCACGGCGUGCCCUACUUCAGAAACAUCCUUCAGUCUGAGACAGAGCGGCUGUCGUCAUGUUGCCUCGAAUGGGAUGGAACAGCUGAAAUGGAUAUCCCUGAGGAUGCAAAAGAUCUUGUCCGCACCACUGUUGGGCAAACCCGACUGCUGAUAGCAGAGAGAUUCAAGCAGUUUGAAGGACUGGUGGACAACUGUGAAUUCAGACGUGGGGAAAAGGCAACUACCUGCACUGACCUGGCUGGAUUCUGGGAUAUGGUGAACUUCCAAGUAGAAGAUGUCAACAAAAAAUUUGAGAACUUGAGGAAACUUCAGAUGAAUGGCUGGCAAAUAGAGGAGGACGUCCAGUCCAGGAGACCUGCCAAGAAGAAGCCGGCCCUUCAAAGGGCAGUCAAAGCCCGGGACGGCUCUGCUGAAAGGACAGCAGCCCGGAAGCGCAUUGCUGCUAUAAAGGCAGCCCUGAAGAACAAGAUGAAGCAGGACGGGCUGGUGAAAGAGGCUGCAGAGCAAGUGGGGCCAACGGAAGCAGAAAAAAUUACGUUCGACGGCGGCUUCUUCCAGAUCGAAUCUCCUGCCAAACCUUUCCCAGGCCGAACCCCAGCAACUGCCAGCAGGACCUCCCGACGGACAUCCAGGCAGGCAGCCCCAAGAUCCGCCACGAAAGCCUUGCUGCAGAGCUGUGCAGACACCUGCGUCAUCCAGCUGGGCCUGCCAGCCGCAUCCCAAGCCCUUCUGCCUCUGCCUGACCUGAACGCACUCUGGGGCUCUGCCGGGUCUGACCCGCCCAGGUCCCUCUCCAAGCAAAGUGACAUCCGGACUGCAGAGGACUCUCACGCCAUAGCAGCAGGGCCAGCGGAAGAAGCUGUCGAUACACAAAUGAUCGCCUGUCACAGGCAGUCAUCCUCAAAAGAUUUGGAUGGCUUGGUCCCUGCCCGUCGUCAAGGGCUGGGAAAUUCCAGUCUUGAAAAGGAGGAGCCAGAAAUGGCGGAGGAGGUGUGCCAGACCACUGCAGUCCUGAACGACCGGGGCGUCUUGUGUGGUCCCAAGGAGGAUUCCCACUCAGAAGGAAUUUGCUCUCAGAGUGAAGGACCGCACACUCCAGAAAGCCUCCUGGGUGACAUCUCCUAUGACAGUGGAAUUCUUGACCACCAGCAGGGAAUUCCGGAAACCAGCCUCUUCUUCACUCCCAUCAGGAACGAAGCUGUGAAAUCUACAGCAGACGCCACGUUCAAUGACCUCAUUGUGUUCUCUCCACUUCCUCCACUAGAUGGGGAAAAAUAAGGGGUGGCAUUUAUCCUGUCGGCUGCGGGUGCCUUGGGCUUGAGAAGGACCAAAUCUGCACUGAGGAAGUGGGGUGGGUGAACUCUUUUUACGUUUAUCAUUUUGAGUUUCAUUACCGGAUUAUUUCAGUGUUAAGGUCCGAGAUGAGUAUUUUAGCCAGAGGAGGGAGUGAAACUGUGUGGUAGAGAAUGUGAGUGCUAGGCUCUUCUCGCACUUCUUUUAAAAAUAUCCUUUUAGAAUACUUAAAUGACAGUUUAAAUGGAAAAAAAUGUAAUAAAUAAAAAUAAAACAUCACCAAGAAAAUGAGUCUGACUUAAAUCAUUAGUUUACAUCUGCUUGGAUCUGUUCCAUAAACAGCGGUGCGGACCUGGCCGGUGCACUGUUCGUUUAUCCCCAUUUAGGCAGCUCCAGUCGAGCCCAGCAGUGUCACGCUCUGUGCCUCGCACACGGUUUUUAAUGCCAGAGCGAAUGUCCUCAAAAUAGCUCUUCAAUGGAUGUCAGAAGCUGCAUGGGACACCCUUUGGUCGGCUGUUCCAGCAUCGCCCCGUUCCA